CGCGCGUCUUUGCUUCUUACACUCACUUACACAUUCUCUUCCAGUACUUUAUAUCACAAUGAGCAUUAGAAAUGUGCCAAAGGUUGUCAUUGACAAUCUCCAACGCUCAUUUGAACGGCAAAUCAAUCGUCUUCCUACUGAAUAUCUUCGACAAUUCUUCCGAAUAAAGGUCGGGGAUGAUGUCCAGGCGAUAGAAACUGCGCCAACACACCGAGGACUACAGAACAGGAAGCUCAAAAGAGCGAAGCAGACCUUACGUAUGCUUGAAAACGCCAAUAAUGCAUGCCCUACCAGUUGGAACCGAAUGCUCGACAUUGCCUACGGUCGCAAGGGGAAAAUGAAAUGGGAACUUUUAGAUCCUUUGAUGGUCGACCCUACAGCUCCACUUCCUGAGCGGAUAAUUCCCGCUGUGGAGAAAUCUCGCCCACCAUCAUAUACCCCAGAGUUGGCAGCAUUGCUCACAAGUUCAAUCUCUCGAACCGCCAAAGCUCUCACGCCAAAGUCGUUACAAGUGCCGCCUUCGUUACCGGAACGUGCAGACCCGAAUUCGGAACAGGCUAAGCUCCUAGGACCAUUUUCAAAAAGGCGUGAAGUAAACAUUCACAAACGAUUCUUUAAGGAGGAGACUGCGAAGAUACUACCUCCGUUACAGAUCUCGGCUCUGUCUGACCUAACAGCAUCCGGUGAGGAAUCCGCCACCACGAGUCAUAUCCGAGGUACAGGCUUGGAGGCAACAGGUUUACUCGAAGAAGUCAAAGCUAUUUCAGGCGAUCCUUGGAAACACCCCACCCCUACGCUUCGAGGCAGGCAGUCGGCAUCAGAAUCACCGAAUACGCCGUCAGGCGAGUUGGCUCUUCCAACACACACGACUCUUCCGCGGAGAUUCCUGCGGCGUCGUUUCCAGCAGUUGUUAUCACGCCUGCCCAUCGUCACUCACAAACCAUCCAUGAAGACGCAAUCCAAUGCCGCCGAGAAGAAGUCCGGUCGUUUCUUUGUGACUCGUUCAGCUGGCGCCUUGCUAUCCGAUAGGCGAAAUAGUGUCUCUCACUAUCCAACAGCUAGUGCAGCGGAUGUGGCAUGGUAUGAACUUGCCGAAAGCGAAAAGAAGAGCCCGAAAGGCAAAAAGAACACAGCAUUACAAGAUAUAGACAAGCAAAAAUCUGAAGGGUAAUAAAUAAUGGAGGUCUGACCGUGGAAACUAUGAAGCGGAUUAUUUUCCAGUUAUUCGUCGUCCGCAGAAUUUUCAAGCUCUAGCCCAUGCAGCUCGAUGAGAUACAUAUUAUAGUUACGAUCGACUGCCUGCGCUCCAGCAUAUUCUCCAGCAGUCGGAUCCACCCCGCAUUGUAGGUCGAGCAGAGUUUUAUACUCAUCGAAACUGAACUCCUGUUUCUGACGAAUGACGUCCAACAGAUCCUACGGUAUUUCAUCAGGUUUCUGCUCGGGUGGUUACACAAUGCACUUACCUGCGGUGAUAAGAUAAAUAGCGAAUAAUAACGUUUCACACGUUCGAACGCAUUGGACUGGCUCGCGUCUGUGAUCGUCUUGAUGUUCUGCCGUAGGGCGAGGAUAUUCCGCAUCAUCUUCCGAACUCCCAAGUCAUUUGCGGUUCUAAUAUAUCUUGCAUUGGUUAUCAGGAGCUGUUCCAUGAGAUGUCCAAUUCCCUCGAAGACGAAUCUAAGGAAACUAUCAUUGAACUGCAAUACGCAAUAAGAGCAGAUACGCACUGUCGGUCGGCCUCUGGUAGCGUGGUUGACGCAAAGUCGUCACACUUGCUGAGCUCGGCGUUGAGGUCAGUGAUGUACGGAUCGGGCUCUAACGCUUCUACGUCUAUGCAGUAGUUGCCCUGUAUGCCGAUUAAUAUAGAGAGAAGGUGAGGAUCAUCCUACGACUCACUUGGC